GAAUUCCGAUAUGAUUACCCCCACGACGUUGAACGAAUAACGGCCGUAGAUAGAAAAGUGGGGAACCAGGUACGCUAGGCAAAGACUCACAAUCAGGUGGGACGAAAGGAAAAGAGAAAAGGCUGAAAAAGCCCCGCUACCUUGACUGUCUUAAUCGGAUGUCCUUGCACCGAUUUUACCGUAAAAUUCUCUCCUGAUCGCAUCAUCACAAAAAUCGGCGAAAGUCGCGUCACCGGAAUUUGGAAGAUCAGACAUUAAAAUUGGUCCCCCUACUCCAGUGCUUAAUAGGAUAAUGGACUGGUUAUGGCCUCCGUUAUUGUUAAUACUGAUAACAAUUGGUUCCGGGACAUCGUCGCCCUAUUAUACUGUGGUAGGUCCCAAAAUUGUGAGACCCAACUCCGAAUACCAUGUGGCUAUAAGCACCACUGCAAUAUCAGCACCUUCUAUCAUUUAUGUUGAAUUAAACGGUGAAUUGGAGUCUGGAGAUUUGUUUAAUGUCUCCCAGACUGUCACUGUUGAACCCUAUCAGAAUAGGAUCAUCAAACUGGAGAUUGGAGAUACAAUACCUGGUAUAUAUACGCUAGUAGCACAGGGUAUCUCUGGAAUAAAAUUCUACAACUCCACGGAACUGCGAUAUAUCCACAAGAGUUACUCCAUCUUUAUCCAGACCGAUAGAGCUGUCUACAAGCCAGGCAGUAAGGUUCUUUUUCGCACGAUUGUCUUGGACUCGAGAUUGCGUCCAACAAUAAGCAAUGCUGAGCUGGAUAUGUACAUAACGGAUGGCCAAGGUAAUAGAGUCAAACAAUGGAAACAGCGCCUGGAUAGUAAAGGAGUUUUUGCUGGAGAACUGCAACUCUCUGACUCUCCUGUGCUAGGGGAUUGGAAAAUAUUUGUAAACAUAUUUGACCAAACGGUUGAAAAGCAGUUUCAAGUUGCUGAAUAUGUUCUGCCAAAGUUCGAAGUGACCAUUGACGUCCCAAAACACUCCACUUUCAAGGCCUCAACCAUCAGUGCUACCAUUCGAGCAAAGUACACUUACGGCAAACCUGUAAAGGGAGAAGCUACGAUUACUGCAUAUCCAGAUAUAUUUUCUGGCGUAAUACAACCAAUAUUUCAAUCUCCUGCUCGCAAAGUCGUUCCUAUUGACGGAAAAGCAGUUGUUGAUUUUGACAUUGUUUCAGAAUUAAGGCUCACAGAUGAAUCUCAGAGGUCUAUAGAAUUAGAAGUUACAGUGGAAGAGGCGCUCACUGGACGCAGACAAAAUACUUCCGUGCAGAUGACUUUGCAUAAGCAUAAAUAUACAAUGGAACUCAUCAAAACAGCAGAGAGUUAUAAGCCCGGUUUGAAAUAUACAGCGUUUCUUAAACUGGCGUACCACGAUGGCUCACCUGUUCAGGACCAAAUCAAUCCGGUGAAUAUCGCGUACGGUUUUACUUACGAUCAAGCAAACUACACAAACAUAACGAGAAAAUUAGAUGAACACGGGAUGAUACAGUUGGAUUUUUACCCGCCAUUAAAUGACGAGGAAUCAGUAGCUCCAUUAAACAUUGAGGCGCAGUACUUGAAUCUACAUGAAUGGUUUUUAGCAACGCAUCGAGCCGUUUCUCCCAGUGGGACAUACAUACAAGCUAUCCUAAAAACAGAGAAGCCUAAGGUCAAUAGCGAUGUUGUUAUACAAGUAAAUUCGACUGUCCCCUUAAAAUAUCUAAGCUACGAAAUCAUAGGCCGUGGAGAUAUCUUGAACGCAGAUUCAUUUCAAGUGACCGGAUCCGUUGCUGAGUUUAGAUUCCUCGCAACUUAUGUAAUGGCUCCUACGGCUCAUGUUGUGGUUUACUACAUGCGGGAUGAUGGUGAAGUUGUUGCUGAUGCUCUAGAUGUUCAUCUAGAUGGAACCCUUCAAAACUUCGUCGAUGUAACGACUAUUCCGGAGGAAACCAAACCAGGAGGAAGCGUCGAUUUAAUUAUAUCGUCAAAGCCCAAUUCGUACAUAGGACUUCUUGGUGUAGAUCAAAGUUCCAUACUUCUCAAAUCUGGGAACGAUAUUUCUCGCGAACAAGUAAUGACUGAGCUUAGAUCGUAUGAUACGGACAGUGAGUUUUCGUUGGAUGACUCAAGUUUUGGUCGCAUGGCUUGGAGUCCCGGCUCAUCUUCCGCUUAUGAGGUUUUCGAUAAAAGUGGAGUUUUCGCUUUGACAAAUGGCUAUGUUCACGAGAAUUUUCCAAUGAGGCGGCCAGGAAUACUUGGUGGUAGAAUAGAGGGGUUCCACCCUGGUGCAUCUACGCUAAGGCCAGACCUCGGCCCACCGGUAACGUACAGAAUAGCGACCAGACCACCAUUGGCAGGUCCCUACGCCUUCUCUCGCAUCCCAACUCCUGUAUGGAACAAGCCCCGUGUUUUCCCAAUGCAUGACAUCUUAAACACCUGGCUUUUCGCAAAUUUUUCUUCAGGGCCUGAUGGAAAAACUGUCCUACGACGAUCUGUUCCUGACACAAUUACUUCUUGGGUUCUCACAGCAUUUUCUGUUGACUCAGUUUAUGGGCUUGGACUUAUCGAAGCUCCCAGAAAGUUAAAAGUCUUCCAACCAUUUUUCAUAUCUCUGAAUCUACCGUACUCUAUUAUACGUGGUGAGAUAGUUGCAAUACCAAUUGUAGUCUUUAACUACUUGGACAAGGAUGUAACGGCAGAGGUAGUGUUAGAAAAUGCUGGACAAUUUGAGUUUGCUGAAAUAUCUAACGAGGUCCAUGACACCCCGAAACUGGAACUUUACCGGAAAAAAAGAAUUGAGGUCAAGGCAAAUUCUGGAUCAUCGGUUUCUUUCAUGAUUAUUCCCAGAGACCUGGGAUACAUUAUCAUCAAAGCUACUGCAACUAGUCCUUUGGCCGGAGAUAGCAUAGAAGACAGGCUAUUAGUCAAGGCUGAAGGGGAAAUCCAGUAUAGAAAUAAAGCAAUAUUCGUCGAUUUGAGAAAUUUAAAGUCAUUUGACACAAACUUCACAGUGGACAUACCAAAAAAUGCUGUGGUAGGAUCAGAACACAUCGAAGUCUCUGCAGUUGGGGAUAUUUUGGGACCAAGUAUACCCAAUCUCGCUAAUUUAAUUAAGAUGCCAUUUGGAUGUGGUGAGCAAAACAUGCUCAACUUUGUGCCCAACAUAGUAGUCAUUAACUAUCUCAAGAGUACCAACCAAUUAACGCAAGCAGUUCAGAGCAAGGCUCUUAAAUAUCUAGAAAUUGGCUACCAACAGGAAUUGACUUAUCGCCACGAAGACGGCUCUUUCAGCGCGUUUGGUUCAUCUGAUGCUAGCGGAAGUACAUGGCUGACGGCAUUUGUGGCCAAGUCCUUCGGACAGGCUAGAGAGCACAUAACGAUCGAGGAUCGGAUAAUAAAAGAGGCACUAAUGUGGCUCACCGCUAACCAAGCACCCAAUGGCAGUUUUCCAGAAGUUGGAAAAGUGAGCCAUCGUGAUAUGCAGGGUGGAGCUGCAAAAGGCCUUGCUCUCACCGCAUUCACUCUGAUUGCCUUCCUGGAAAAUCAGGAUUACGUGGAGGAAUAUCGAAACACUAUCAACAAAGGCGUGGAUUACAUAUCUCGCAAUUUGGAGGGCUUGGAUGACGUCUACUCACUGAGUAUCUGCGCUUACGUCUUAAAUUUGGCCAAGCAUCCGGAUGAAGAUAAAGCCUUCAGUGCAUUAGAAUCAAAGGCUAUGCAAAGCGAUGAUUACAAAUGGUGGGGUAAACCAGUUCCGACUGAUAACAAAAACCCUUGGUAUUCGCUACCUAGCUCUGUCAAUGUGGAAAUGACAUCUUACGCAAUGCUGACAUACCUCAGGAGGAAUAUGGUAGCUAACGCAAUACCGAUUAUGAAGUGGCUUGUCAGUCAGAGAAAUUCAGAUGGCGGAUUUGCCUCCACCCAGGACACGGUGAUCGGAAUUUACGCCUUGGCGAAAUUAGGUGAGAAACUUUCAUCAAAAGACAAUGACUUUUCAAUCUCUUUUACCUACGAAGGAGGAGGACAGAACACCAUAAACAUCAAUUCUGGAAACAAUAUGAUUCUCCAAAAACAUAUGCUACCCAGGAAAACUCGUCAAGUUAAUGUACACGCCACUGGAACUGGGUUUGCAAUAAUCCAGGUUUCCUUCAACUACAAUCUUAAUGUCACAGGUGCUUGGCCACUUUUCACCCUAGAUCCACAGGUGGAUAAAAACUCUAACGAAAAUCACUUGCAGCUUUCAAUCUGCUCUGGAUUUGUAGCAACGAAAGACGCAAACGAGAGCAACAUGGCUGUAAUGGAAGUUAGUUUACCGUCCGGUUUUACAGUCGAUGUAGACUCUUUGCCGAGCUUGGAAAUAUCACAGCAUGUUAAACGCGUGGAAACUAAAAAUGGAGACACUAUGGUCGUUUUAUAUUUUGAUAAGAUGGUCAGAGAAGAAUAUUGCCCAACGGUUUCCGCGUUCAGAACGCACAAGGUUGCUAAGCAAAAGCCAGUCCCGGUUUCAAUCUACGAUUAUUAUGAUUCGAGCAGAAGAGCGAGAGUCUUUUAUGAACCAAGAGUAGCCACACUGUGUGAUAUUUGCGAGGGUGAAGACUGCGAAAAUUUCUGUGAAGGAGCAAUUGGAAAUCGAAAGAAUAGCAGUGACGGAUCUGCACCUGAUGGCAGCACGCAAUUGAGGCUGUCGUUCGUCGCGGCAUUGUUUUCUAUCAUUUUGAUCAAUAUUCUUCCAACUAUUUACUAAAUUUUAGGGAUACGACGGGGUAUCGUCCGUUAUAAAAAUCUCAGAGUUAUGGUAUAUUACGAUCAAAAAUAACCAAAGUGCUUAGUAGGUAUAAUAAUCUCUUUGUCGUGGUUAAGACAUUCGAUAUUAACAUUUUUAUCUGUCCUUUUUAGAUAUUAAUAAACAAAUAUAUUAUAAACGGAGUGGUUUAACAAUAAAGUUUAAUUACAUGUUGA